AUGGAGACCGCAUAUCAAAGUGACCUUCCUCUUCCGCCCGAGAUCGUCACCCUGAUAUGUUCGACUCUCCCGAAACCCGACCUGCUUCGCUUGAGAUUGGUUACUCAUAGAUUGCAUGAUGCAGCGACUCCGUUCGCUUUCAGGACGUUUUACCUUCGAGCUUAUGGAACCGCGGCAACGAAUUUCAGUUCCAUUGCAACAUCAGCUCGUCUAAGGAACUACGUUAAGGAAGUAACCAUUGACACGAAUAUUGGCCAAGAUUAUGAAUACGCCUCCAACGAGUCCUAUGAAUUUCCCAUUGGCUUCUUCAACGCCAUUCCUUCCCUGCGCUACUUCUACAAGCUCACUAAGCUACAUUUGAGGUCCAGCAAAUAUUGCGGGAAUAACAAAAGAGAAUUUGAAUGGGCGUGGAUCGAGGAAGACUGGCCAUUUCGGUGGAGAAUCCUUGAUACUAUUUCUCACUGCAUGGUUCUAGCUCUUGGGCAAUAUGUCUUUACUGAUAAGCGACAAACAGACUGGAUUGCAACUAUCGGAGAAAGCAAUGCAAGUGGUGCUCUACAAGAGCUCUAUCUGGAUGACUGCCCUAUCUUAUUCAAAGCCCGUCAACACAGCCCCCUGACCAGUGACGGAUACCCCGAUCCGCGCGCUGUCAUGAAGGAUAAUUAUGCUACUGCUGUAACCAAAGAGUAUGACAUCAAAUGGCACAAUGUCCUUGAAACCUGGAGAGGACGUAUGAAAAGGCCUCAAGAAGUUCAUCAUGGGCCAUGGCGAUUGAUCGUCCCAAUGGCCGAGUGCCAAAGCAUUGAUAGAAUACGAAGGCGUGGAGGUCAGCAAUACCAAGGAGCCAGUAUUGGCUCGGAGAUACCUCAUGGUGCGGGAUUGCUACAACGAAGGACAGCACGAAUGCAGUAUCUUAAGUAUGAUAUCGGCAUGUGCUGGUCAUGGGAUAAUCCAUAUCCGACCUGGGGAAGAAGUCGACCAGACGACGGUUGGGCACCAGAAAAGGAGACGGUCGGAUUGGGUGAUGCGGCGUACGAGCUACUCAUGGCAACUAUUCGGGACAGGACUUAA